UUCUGACUGCAUUUCCUACCUGGAGCAUCUCAUAGCUCCUCCUUCCCUGCUUUCUCUGCCCAGGCUGGUGUUUCCACAGUGGAGGAGGACCAUGGAGGAAGGUGAAAUCAUCUUCAAGGAGUAUGUUGAGAGCACCAAGCAAUUCCACUUUGGACCGCUGCUGUGUGGGAAAUCAAGAGAGUGGUACAAGGCCCAGAACUGUCCUGCCAACUGGGAUAAUAUAACCAUCCUCAACAACUCCCCCAUGGACAUAGAGGUCCAGUUCUUCUUUGAGGAUGAUGAGAAAGCAGAGACGUUCCUUCUGGACCCUCCCAGCAUGACCCUGAAACCAAAGAAGAAGCAGGUAGGAGAGGGGCAGGUAGAGCAGGCACCGUACAAGUGCCAG